AUGAGCAAAGUUUCAUUUCGCACGAGGCAAAUCGACUUCAACAGAUCUCUUUCAAUCGUCAGAUAUGAUUCAGAUCUCUUUUGCGAACUGGGCGAGGGCGCUUUCGUCAAUCGUGGCACUCCGACCGUCCCUAGUGGCAUGGAACGUGAAGAAGAAAACGAACAUCACUUUCUUGAAGUUCUACAGGCUUUGCAACUUCAAAAAAACACCGAUGUUAGUAUUCCUGUCCCAGAAAUUAUCGAUAAGUCUGAGGCUUAUGAAAAAGUAUACUCUGCCAACUUCUCGCUUCCCAAGAAUUUGAUCCAUAUACGAAGUAAGUACCGAUUUCAACCUCUGGCAAGUUUUCCAGCAAUUGCAUUAGAGGAUGAUGAACCUGUUGAGUACGAUAUGGAUUCGGAUGACGAAGACUGGCUUCGUAGAAGUGAUCUCAAUUUAUCUCCAGAAAAGUUUGAAAAGAUGAUUGAUCGACUCGAGCGUGGUUGUGGCCAACGUGUUAUGAAUCUCGAAGAGGCACGGCUACUCCUUAAUGACGACCCCUCCCUCGUUAUUGCUGUCUACGACUACUGGUUAAAUAAACGAGUGCAGUGCAGACAACCGUUGCUACUUUCGGUUCGACAAGAAAAGCGGGAUGGCGGGAGCAAUAAUGAUCCAUAUGUCGCAUUUCGACGUCGCACUGAGCGCAUGCAAACUCGCAAGAACCGAAAAAAUGAUGAGUAUUCCUACGAAAAAAUGCUUUUGCUCCGGGAACAGAUGGUCUCCUUAGGUGAAAUCGUGUCACGAUUGGUGAAAAGAGAAUCGACUAAGGAGGCUGUUCUGGAAAUCGAGCGUAAGAUUUUCCAGUCUCGCUACAAGCUCGGUGACUGGGAAGCAACGCAGUUGUCAGAAGCAGACGUUGCAGCCCAAAAGUCGCCCAAAUCCUUUGAGCGUCUACUUAGCCUCAACGCCCGGAAGCACAUUUCUUCGCGAAAACGGAAGCUUUCUCGGCAUUCCCCCGAAAAUGCAUUUGGUGUUCUGUCAGAUACGUCCGACACAGAAAUUAAUCAGACACUAAGUGACCCCUUCGCUUUCGUUCGGUUACCGGGCUGUAAAUAUCAACGACCUUUGGACUUGCGAUCCAUCCCGGAAAUCGACAAUGAGGCUACGUUCUGCUUAUCUCGGAUUAAGCGCGUUUCCCACCAUUCUCAACAUUCUUACACGGGUUACCUACGUCGUCGGCUCGGUAGAGGCGGUCGCAUUCUUUAUGACCGUUUACCAGCUCCCUCGGAUGACUUGAAUAGUUAUUUCAACCAACUCAAUUCUCGAUCUCCUCCUCCAGAGGUUCAAGAACUGAGACUCCGGAGGUUCACUGGCGUCGAUCAAUUUGUCCCCUGCGAAGGAACUACCGCUGAAUCGAUGCCAAAUAAGCGGAUCAGCGCUGCUCCCUGCCCAAGUCUUUCUUACGCUCAUGAAGACGUUCUUUUCAAGCGCCUUCAGCUCUCCCUACGAAAUCAGUCAAGGCAUCAAUUGACUCUUAGCCUUUCCAAACUCACAUGCGGUCGCCGCUUGAGCAGCGGCUGGCUUGGUAGCUCAGGAAGCACCAUUUAUCCACACCUGCCCACCCAUCACAAUGUUGUAAAUAGAACUUCGGUUAGAUCCUCUUCUAGUCCGCGUCUGACGCCGGCGACUGGAUUCUCAGUAGUGAAGUCCGCUCCCAACACGGUCCCAGCGAAACCGGUAGUGCUCAGCAAAAACAAGAACCAUCACCACUGGGGCGUGGAGGCGACGUUCCCCCGCGAUGGCGGUGGCAACGCCGUCACCAUUGCCAGAGGUCGCGUAGCACCACUUGGCGGCUCUGCCGCUGCAAUUCUGGCUGCCACGGUGAGCAUCUUUCCAAAAGGGAUAAAGGUAUGUGGCCCAGUCGCCAGUCCACCGCUUCCGUUGGCAAAGAAAUCGCUGCUCAAUGGAGAUGGUGGGGGAACAGCCCUCCUGACAUCCCCCAAGGACGACAGCGCUAUUCCCUGGCUCUCCCACCAAGUUACACCAAUCCGAAAAACUUCAGCGGCUAUCCUUUCUGCGUCUGUCAAAAAUUCGGCAACGCAAGAGGAUGGAACCACUGGCGCUGAUGGGAAAAACAGCAUAAUACAGCCCGUCGUGUACAAUGUCUGA